GCGGCCCGCAACCGCCUUGCGAUUCCGGCUCUCAGCGGUCCCCUGCUUCCCGCCGCUGGGGGGACAUGGAGUUUGCGGAGCUGAUUAAGACCCCGCGCGUGGACAAUGUGAUGCUGCACCGGCCUUUCUAUCCGGCCGUCGAGGGGACUCUCUGUCUCACAGGCCACCACCUGAUCCUGUCCUCCCGGCAGGACAACACGGAGGAGCUGUGGCUGCUCCAUUCAAACAUCGACGCCAUCGAUAAGCGGUUUGUGGGGUCACUGGGUACCAUCAUCAUAAAAUGUAAAGAUCUCCGAAUCAUUCAGUUGGAUAUUCCUGGAAUGGAGGAAUGUUUGAAUAUAGCCAGUUCCAUCGAGGCCUUGUCUACCCUAGACUCCAUCACGCUGAUGUACCCCUUCUUUUACCGGCCCAUGUUUGAAGUCGUAGAAGACGGCUGGCACGCCUUCCUUCCUGAGCACGAGUUUGAACUCUACGCUGCAACGACCAGUGAAUGGAGGCUAAGCUACGUCAAUAAGGAAUUUGCUGUCUGCCCCUCAUACCCACCAAUUGUCAUUGUCCCCAACUCUAUUGACGAUGAAGCUCUAAGAAAGGUAGCUACAUUUCGACACGGAGGGCGCUUCCCAGUACUCAGCUAUUAUCAUCCCAAAAAUGGAAUGGUUAUUAUGCGAAGUGGUCAGCCACUGACGGGCACAAAUGGGAGACGGUGCAAGGAAGAUGAGAAGCUGAUAAAUGCUACUCUGAGAACAGGGAAACGGGGCUACAUCAUUGACACCCGGUCCCUAAAUGUGGCUCAACAAGCUAGAGCCAAGGGUGGUGGCUUUGAACAAGAAGCUCAUUAUCCUCAGUGGAGGCGAAUUCAUAAGUCCAUUGAGAGGUAUCAUGUUCUUCAGGACAGCUUAAUCAAACUUGUGGAAGCUUGCAAUGACCAAACACAUAGCAUGGACCGAUGGCUCAGUAAAUUGGAGGCCUCAAACUGGCUAACUCACAUCAAAGAGAUUCUGACAACUGCCUGUUUGGUGGCUCAGUGUAUUGACAGGGAAGGAGCAUCAAUACUGAUUCAUGGAACGGAAGGAACUGAUUCUACACUUCAAGUUGCCUCCCUGGCCCAGAUCAUCCUGGAACCAAGAAGCAGGACCAUCCGAGGUUUUGAGGCCCUGAUAGAAAGAGAGUGGCUACAGGCUGGACACCCAUUCCAGCAUCGCUGUGCACAGUCGGCGUAUUGUAGCAGUAAGCAGAAGUGGGAGUCCCCCGUGUUUCUUCUCUUCUUGGACUGUGUAUGGCAGAUACUUCGUCAGUUCCCUUGCUCUUUUGAGUUUAAUGAGCAUUUCCUCAUCAUGCUCUUUGAGCACGCAUAUGCCUCACAGUUCGGAACAUUCCUGGGCAACAAUGAAAGUGAAAGAUGCAAAUUGAAGCUACAGCAGAAAACCAUGUCCUUGUGGUCCUGGGUCAAUCGACCCAGUGAACUGAGUAAAUUCACUAAUCCUCUGUUUGAAGCCAACAGUCUGGUCAUCUGGCCCUCCGUUGCUCCGCAGAGCCUGCAGCUGUGGGAAGGUGUUUUUCUCCGUUGGAAUAGAUCCUCCAAGUAUUUGGAUGAAGCUUAUGAAGAAAUGGUUAACAUCAUUGAGUAUAAUAAAGAAUUACAAGCAAAAGUCAAUCUCCUCAGGAGGCAGUUGGCGGAACUGGAAACAGAGGAUGGCAUACAAGAGAGCCCCUAGAGGACACCCCCCUACCCCAACACUCUUUUCCAGGGGCCCCUGGACCUGUAUUCCAUCUCUCUCCUUUUACACAAUAGCCUUGAAUGUAAGGCUUCAAAUGUGGGAGCCCUCUAGCGCCCUGUAUUUCUUUAUUAUUGAAAUGUACUGUAAUUGCUUGUGCUCCAUUUGGCCCCUGAGGCGUCUUGGCUGAGGAAGAAGGAAGGAGGUGCUGGUCCUCUUCUGUGCACUGGGUGACUUUCUUCAGAGCCCUCCCGUCAUCGCCACUCCUCGCGAGCUGUCUGUACUUUUCCGACAGUGCUCCGACAGCAAGGUGCGCAUCUCCAGGGAAGACUGAUUGGGCGGACUUCUCAGCACUCUGGGUAGAGAAACAUUUUUCACAACUGAAACAGUAAACAGGGUUUUUGUGUUUCACAUGCCAUUUCCAGCAGUACCUUUUGGCUCAUAAAAUUGGCAUUCUACUUAAAAAAGUGUGGCCCCACGAAGCUGAGUUAAUUCUCAUUCUAAUUUGCUGAGAAAGGGAAAUCUGAAGGCUUAAUCUAGACAUGUUCCUUGUAUAAGGGCACCAGGUAGAGUCUUCUGUAUUUACAUUACAAGUAAUUGAGUUUUUGUAAUAGGAGACACUAAAAGUAUGUGAAAUAUGGAAUGAAAGUAGGAAUGUUUCUUGAUAUUCUAUUGUUACUAUUGAUCUGGUUUUUCAGGUUUGACCCUGCAUAUUGUGUGUUGUAAAUGCUAGAUAGAAAAUCACACCAUCAUUUAGAAUAAAUGAUUUGUUCUGAAAUAAGCUUCAAGGAAAACACAGUUCCCUUAAACCAGAGAGAUGCACUGCCCUUGUCUGAAUUUGUUACUGCACUGGGGUAUGUGUGGGGGUUGUUCUGUUUUGUUUAUUUUUAAUUUUUAAGAGUUUACUAAUACAAAGGUUAAAAAUACUUGUUGGCGUGAGCCUUUUGAAAAUGUAUCUUGACUCCAUAUACAGGUCCAUUAUAUGUUAAACAAAUAUGAAUUAAGAGGAGGAGAUGGUUUAGAAAUGUGAUAAAACUUUGUUUUGAAUUUCUGUAACACGUGGAAUGUGUCAUUGUUAGAGAAAUAGUAAAGGCAUUAUUUAUGCCAUGCCUGCAACUUUUCAGAGUUUGUGAUUCAGUGUUUUCCAUGUAUAUUUCUGAUUUGUGACUUUGUUCAUUUUAACAAAUACUAUCAUCCAUGCUAAUUUUCACUUAAAAGGAUAGUUGAACAUUUUAUUUUUAACAUCAUUUCCACUCCAUCUAUAUAUAGAACCACUUCGGUAUAAAACACACCCAAACUGAACCUUGUUUUAGAGCCAUGUUUUGAGCUAAAAAUAUAAUUUUAAAAAUCAAAUGUAGCAAAAUCUAUGGCCUUAGAAACUAGCAAAUAC